ACGGCAGUGCUCUGAAGCUGCUCGCAGGCCUGUUGUCUUCAGCAGUAGGUGAUGUCCUCCGCACCACAUCUGGGCAGCUGUACUGCAUCGAUGGAGAGGCUAUGUUCGGGCUUGCCUACCUCUUCUACAUCUGGAUGUUUGGUCUGAAGCCUCUGAACCUGUUGGCUGCCUCUUUCUUGGUGGCUGUAGGCACUUUGUACUUGCUGUUCCUCAGCAGAUGCCUCUGGGAUGAAAAACCCUUCCAAUGGCUGGUUUAUGUCUACAGCAUUCUAAUAGGAACCAUGUGUUGGCGAGCGAGUGCCGGCAUGUUCUUCACUGAGUACUGGUCUUGGGUCAAGCUGUUUGCAUCUGUUGGAGGGCUGCUGUUUCUAGUGUCGGAUUUCACCUACGCCGUCGAUUCAUUUUGCUUUCCUGUGCACAGCUCAGGAAUGAUUGCUGCUGCCUACUUCGCAGCACAGAUGUUUAUUACCGUCUCUGUCGUCAACAGUGCAGAUAAGGCUUUAAAGAAUAGUAAACAGAAGUAGUACGGUGUUACCCCCUCACUUUGCACCAAAUAAGUAAUAAGUUGUUAUAGGCUAAAUCAAAAGGCACUACAACACGUUACAGAUCAGGUGCCAGAUCAGUGGCAGAAAUGAACCGUUUGCCUCGCUGUACAAUAGGUGCAGUUAUUUCAAUGGAAUGUGUUUUUAAAAGCUGUCAAUUUCUAACAGAGAGUUUCUC